GCGGGGCGGCCGCGACUGCAGCGCGCAGGGCAGCGCGCAGCGCAGGGCCGCGAUCCGCGCAGGGCUCCGCGCAGCGCAGCGGGCCGCGGAUGCGGAGAUCGGGGCGGCCGAGGAGCCGCCAUGGGCCCCCCCGGGCCCGGCCCUGAGCCCUGCCCUGCCCAGCCCAGCUGCGCCGUGGCCAUGUCCGGAGGGGCGAGCCCGGCCCCGGCCCCUGGGAGCCGCCGCUUCGUCUGUGUUGGUGUCCCAAUUAAUGGAUUCUGACAUGGAUUAUGAGAGGCCAAACGUAGAAACCAUCAAGUGCGUCGUGGUCGGGGACAACGCGGUGGGCAAGACGCGGCUCAUCUGCGCCCGCGCCUGCAACGCCACCCUGACCCAGUACCAGCUGCUGGCCACCCACGUGCCCACGGUGUGGGCCAUCGACCAGUACCGCGUCUGCCAGGAGGUGUUGGAGCGCUCCCGGGAUGUGGUAGAUGAUGUCAGCGUGUCCUUGCGCCUCUGGGACACUUUUGGUGACCACCACAAGGACAGGCGGUUUGCCUACGGCAGGUCCGACGUUGUGGUUUUGUGCUUCUCCAUCGCCAACCCCAACUCCCUGCACCAUGUGAAGACCAUGUGGUACCCGGAGAUCAAACACUUCUGUCCCCGCGCCCCCGUCAUCCUGGUGGGCUGCCAGCUCGACCUGCGCUACGCCGACCUGGAGGCCGUCAACCGAGCCCGGCGGCCCCUGGCCAGGCCAAUUAAACCUAAUGAGAUUCUCCCCCCGGAGAAGGGCAGGGAGGUGGCCAAGGAGCUGGGGAUCCCUUACUACGAGACCAGCGUGGUGGCCCAGUUCGGCGUCAAGGACGUGUUUGACAACGCCAUCCGCGCCGCGCUCAUCUCCCGCCGCCACCUGCAGUUCUGGAAGUCCCACCUGCGCAACGUGCAGCGGCCCCUGCUCCAAGCCCCCUUCCUGCCCCCCAAACCCCCUCCUCCCAUCAUCAUCGUCCCAGACCCCCCUUCCAACAACGAGGAGCGUCCGGCCCACCUCCUGGAGGACCCCCUGUGCGCGGACGUCAUCCUGGUGCUGCAAGAGAAGAUCAAAAUCUACGCACACAAGAUCUACCUCUCCACCUCCUCCUCCAAGUUCUACGACCUGUUCCUCAUGGACCUGAGCGAGGAGGACCAGCAGAGCGCGGCGGCGGGGCACGGGCACGCCGAGAGGGUGCUGCACCAGGAGGAGAGGCACCACGGGCGGGAUUUCCUCCUGCGGGCCGCCAGCUUCGACAUCUGCGAGAGCGCCGAGGAGGCCGGACCCGGCCAGCGCCAACCGUGCCUUAGAGCCUCCACCAGUGACGGCAUCCUGCGGGGGAACCGCUACGAGGGCGGCGAGCGCGGGCUGCGCCGCGGCCGCAACCUCUCCUCCUGGAGCCGCGCGUUCGCCAGCAUCCAGGAGGAGAUGGCCGAAGACCCGCUCACCUACAAGUCCAAGCUGAUGGUGGUGGUGAAGAUGGACGCGUCCAUCCAGCCAGGUCCUUUCCGCGCCGUGCUCAAGUACCUGUACACGGGGGAGCUGGACGAGAAGGAGCGCGACCUGAUGCACAUCGCCCACAUCGCCGAGCUGCUGGAGGUGUUCGACCUGCGCAUGAUGGUGGCCAACAUCCUCAACAACGAGGCGUUCAUGAACCAGGAGAUCACCAAAGCCUUCCACGUCCGCAGGACCAACCGCGUCAAGGAAUGCCUGGCCAAGGGGACCUUCUCAGACGUCACCUUCGUGCUGGAUGACGGUGCUAUCAGUGCCCACAAGCCCCUGCUCAUCUCCAGCUGCGACUGGAUGGCCGCGAUGUUCGGCGGCCCCUUCGUGGAGAGCUCCACCAACGAGGUGGCACUUCCUCACACCAGCAAGAGCUGCAUGCGGGCGGUGCUGGAGUACCUGUACACGGGCCAGUUCAGCUCCAGCCCCGACCUGGACGACAUGAAGCUCAUCAUCCUCGCCAACCGCCUCUGCCUGCCGCACCUGGUGGCUCUCACAGAGCAGUACACGGUCACUGGGCUGAUGGAGGCGGCGCAGAUGAUGGUUGACAUCGAUGGGGACGUGCUGGUGUUCCUGGAGCUGGCUCAGUUCCACUGCGCCUCCCAGCUCGCCGACUGGUGCCUGCACCACAUCUGCACCAACUACAACAACGUCUGCCGCAAGUUCCCCCGCGACAUGAAGGCCAUGUCGGGAGAGAACCAGGAGUACUUCGAGAAGCACCGCUGGCCGCCGGUGUGGUACCUGAAGGAGGAGGAUCACUACCAGCGGGCGAAGAAGGAGCGGGAGAAGGAAGAUUACCUGCACCUCAAGCGGCAGCCCAAGAGGCGCUGGCUCUUCUGGAACGCCUCCUCCUCCCCUUCUUCCUCUCCUUCGUCGUCGGCAGCCACAGCCUCCUCCUCCUCCUCCUCCUCCUCCUCCUCGGCUGUGGUUUGAGAGCCCCAGCGAGACGGGGAGGAGGAGGAGGAGGAGGAGGAGGAAGGGUGGGAUGCCCUGCCCCAGCGCCAGGCACACGUGGAGCGGCACAAGCCCCGCGGCGCAGGCGGUGGCCACUGGGGAGGGGCUCGGGGCCACUGGGGAGGGGCUCGGGGCCACUGGGGAGGGGCUCGGGGCCACCUCCCGGAGCCCUGCAGAGCCCGAGCAGCAGGAGGAGCUCCCAGCUUGCAGCAGCACGAGGGGCUGUGCCGUGCUUUCGGAGCUUUUGUUGGAAAUCGGUUUUGUUUUUCGGGGGCAGCAUGGGAAAGAAGACAAAGAAAAAGAAGAAGAAGAAGGAGAGACAUGUCCUGCUUCCGUUUGGGUCUGGAGCCAGAAGCUCUGGGGUGUGGUUUGGGUGUCUGAUGGCAUCUCAAGCACCUGGAGCCACCCUGGGGGUCCUGCACCCCCUGCACUCACAGGCACAGGGCAGGGGACCCUGGUCCCCAAAGCCACCAGGCACUGCAGAAUUCCCCCUACCAGCGGGGUCUGUCCUCAUUCAGGGCACGGAGGGGAUCAGAAUCCUCUCCUCCCUGUUCUUAACUCUUUGUUUAGAUAGAAAAAGCAAAAAAAAAAAAAAAAACCCCAACCCAAUCCCACAGCAGAAACCACCCCUGAGCCCUGGGCUUGGGGUUUCAGCCCUGAGGCUCCAUGGUAAUAAAUGGUGUUUUGAAAGCCCGGCGUGGUCCCUGUGUGUGUGGGAGGAGCUGCUGGACAGGCUCAUCCUUGUGGCAGCUUUGGGGUGAUGCCACCACCCCCCUCCAGCGCUCCUGGCACGGGCAGGGACAGAGGGACCCAAACCCCUGCUGUGACACCAGGUGGCUUCUCCAUCCAGGUGGCUUUUCCUGUGUCCCAAAGCUCCUGCAGGGGAUGGGGAGAAGCUCCUCAGAGCCCACCCCUGCUGCUGGAGGAGCACCUGGAGGUGCUCCCAGCGCUGCCCCCUCCUUUUCCACACAGCUCCUCUUUUCCUGGAGCACCUUGGAGCCUCCCACCCCACCCUCAGCCCCGGUGUUCUCACCCUUGGAGCAGGUAGGACCACGAGUUUCUCUCUUUUUCUCACAGCUGGGCACUCACUGACACUUCAGAGCCCUGCAUGUGCCUGGCUCAGGGGGCACAGGCAGAGACCCCUGGGCACAAACCCUCCGGGCAGAACAGCCCUUAAAAAAAUAAAAUAAAUCCCCUCAGCAGUGCAGGGGCUGGAGAGCAGCUCCAGGGGUGUUUCUGGGGGGUUUGAGCAGAGCCCUUUUCUCACUAAGCACUGCAUGGAUUUGCAACACAGCUACUGCUACACACAGAGCCCUGGCUGGGUGGUGCCACCCCCAGAGGGACAGAGGGACAGGGUCACCCCCCUGCUGUGGCAGGGGACUCUGCUCUAGGGUAAAUAAAGCCCAGGGUGGGUGCUGAGGGCUUUCCCUGGCAGAAAAGACCCCUGGAGACCAUUCCUGGUGGGAUAUAAAUAAUUCCUGUGGGAAUAAAUAGUUGCUGGGGUGGCUGAGCAGGGCUGAGUGCUGGAGCAACUGGUGUCCACUGGGACCCUGGUGACCACUGAGACCCUGGACAGGCCCUCACCAGACUUCUGGGGGGAGAAAAAAAAUCAAACUAGACAAGAAAAUCUGAAAGAUUUUUUGUUUGUUUGUUUUUAAAAUGUUAACUCUUCCUUCAUAAACACAGAAAUGUAAAAAACUGGAAAAUAGAAGACUGGCUGGGCCAGAGCUCUGUACAGAAACACACAACCAUGCUUAAUAAAAAAAAAAAAAACAAAAAACCAAAACAUGAUAUUUUUAUAUACAUUUUAAGUUAAUAUAUGUAAAGUUUACACUUGCUAAAUAAAUAAAAUAUACAAUUUUA